GCCAGUUGCCAUGGAGCCGGCCGGGCCCUGCGCUUUCUGCCCGGCCGCGGAGACCCAGCCAGCGCGCUAUACCUGCCCCCGCUGUAAUGUGCCCUACUGCUCGCUGCGCUGCUACCGGGCGCAUGGCGCCUGUGCCGAAGGCUUCUACCGUGACCAGGUGCUGGGAGAGCUCCGCGGCCGCAGCGCCUCUCCCAGCCGCCUAGCCAGCGCCCUCCGCCGGCUGCGGCAGCAACGCGAGACCGAGGACGAGCCGGAGGACGCAGGCCUCAGACCUGGCCCGGCGCCCGGCGGCCUCUUAGGACUCUGGGAGCGGCUCUCCCCCGCUGAGAAGGCCGCCUUCGAGCGGCUGCUGAACCGCGGCGAGGCCGGGCGGCUGCUGCCCCCGUGGCGACCAUGGUGGUGGGGUGACGGGACCGGGCCACGGCCGCGACUUCUGGAGGAGCUGGAUGAUACCCCGCGCGGUGAGGCCGCGGAGCUGAAGCCCGCCCCUGCGAAGGCGCCGCCGGAACCUGUGAAGGAUGCCGCUGCUGCCGAGUCCCCGGCCGCCGAGGAGCCGGUUCUCGGAGACUCCCCCGGGGCCUGCACGCCCGCCGUGCCCACCCGGAUCCCCACGCUGGCCAGCCUGAGCCGCGGCCGGGCCUCGCCGCUCGUACGCUUCCAGCUGCCCAACGUGCUGUUCGCUUAUGCACACACCCUUGUCCUGUAUCACGGCGGCGACGACGCGCUGCUCUCCGACUUCUGUGCCACACUGCUCGGCGUUUCGGGAGCCCUGGGUGCCCAGCAAGUCUUUGCCUCUGCCGAAGAAGCCCUGCAGGCCGCAGCUCACGUGCUUGAAGCCGGCGAGCAUCCACCCGGGCCCCUGGGCACACGGGGUGCCAUGCGCGAGGCCGCCCGCAUCCUGCUGGGUGAGGGCCCUGCCAACCAGAAGGGCUACACGCUGGCAGCACUGGGGCACUUAGUGCAGACCCUGGGCCGGGCCCGGAAACGGGCAGAGGCUACUGAAGAGCGAGGUCGUCUCUACCGGGCCCGGAAGAAGUGCCAGUUUCUGCUGGCUUGGACCAACGAAAAUGAGGUGGCCCUCCCAGGCCUGGCUCUGGACUGUGCCAGGGCCCACCGAGCUCACACUUUAGCAGCCGAGGAGGUGGCAGCCCUCACUGGGGAGCUGGAGCGGCUUUGGGGAGGUCCCCUACCACCUGCCCCGAGGACUCUCAUUGAGGAACUCCCUGGCUGAACUGUGGUCUCAGUGUCAUCAAUAAAGCUGUACAUGGUCUGA